AUGACCACUCCUCUGAGCAGCGGUCCUGACAAUGUGUCACGGACGAGCCCUCCCUCCUGGGGAGAAGCCAGCUCUGCCUCCACCCUGCUGUCUCUGCCUGCCACAACCGCAACUUCCCCUGUUUCAUCCACCUUGCCAGCGAGUAGCCCUUCCUCUUCGCUUCCUGUGGCCUCACUGCUCACCUCUGCUCUGGUGAAAACCACAGACGUGUUAGAACCCAUUCUUGUCACAACCUCACUGUCUUCUGUCACUCCCACACUACAAGGGCCCAGUACUUCCUCCCCUGUGGACACAUCAACCACAGUCUCCUGGACCUCAGUUCUCACCUCUGCACUGGCAAAAACCAAAGACAUUUUCAAUGCAAGCUUAGAACCUGUGGCCAGUUCACCUCCAACUUGGAGCAACACUUCCGAUGAGAUACUGGCCAUUUCAGAAGCCACCACAUAUACAGAGACAAUUUAUCCUUCCGUAAACACAGUAGUGGCAAAUGUGGAGACCAUCAGCUCACCAUAUCAAUCCUAUUCUACUGUCACAGCUGAUUCAGGGUCAUCUGAAGCCACAUCUACAAUUACCAGCUCCACCAUGGGAGACACCACAGUUUCCACGACAAUGCCUAGAUCCUCUGUGACUACAGGGAUUGAGACUGAGGCAAUGUCCUCCCUGAGCCCCGGACUGAGGGAGACCAGCACCUCCCAGGAGACCAGCUCAUUCAGCAAGACAAGCACUAUCCUUUCCAAUGUGCCUGCUGAUGCAACUGCUGGGGUCUCCAGGACAGACGUCAUCUUCUCUAGCAGGCCAUCUAUCCCAGACCGUGCUCAUUCCACAACGUCACCGGACAUCUUCACAGGAACAAUCACUGGGCUCUCUACUUUGCCUGCCAUUACAGAAUCUGAAGAAAGGACCAUCACUAGCCAAACAGGUUCUACUGGGGCCACAUUGCAGGGCACCCUUACCUUGGAUACAUCAACCACAACCUCCUGGGCAGGAACUCACUCAAUUGUGACUCAGGGAUUUCCACACUCGGAGAUGACCACCCUUACAAGCAGCGGUCCUGAGAAUGAGUCAUGGACGAGCCCUCCCUCUGUGGAAGACACCAGCUCUGCCUCUUCCCUGCUCUCUUUACCCACAAUAACCUCACCUUCCCCUGUUUUAUCCACGUUACUAGAGGAUAGCCCCUCCUCUGCUCUUCCUGUGACUUCACUGCUCACCACUGGUCUGGCGAAGACCACAGACAUAUACAUCGACUGCAACCUCCAGGACAGGAACUCACUCAGCUAUGACUCAGGGAUUUACUCACUCAGAGGUGACCACUCUUAUGAGCAGUGGCCCUGA